AUGGGAUGCAUUUGUGGAACAAUGCCAAGAAAAAAUUAAAUUAUGUCUAUGUAGACAAGAAAUAGAGAUGAAGUGUUUACUUCAACAGAAGAUAUACAAAAAAUAUAUAUUUUUGGUAAAGUUCUUGGAGUUGGCUCUUUUGGAAAAGUGAUUGCAGCCAAAAUGAAGAGUAAUCCUUUGAAAAGAUAUGCUAUAAAAAUUAUUGAAAAGAGAAAAGUUAAAGGCAGAGAGGAUAUUUUAGCAAAUGAAAUUUUCAUCUUAUAGAAGUUAGAUCAUCCUAAUAUUAUAAAAUUUCAUGAAGUGUAUUAAAAUAAGGUGAACUUUUAUAUUUGUAUGGAUUAUUGUUAAGGAGGGGAGUUAGUUGAUUGGAUUCCUAAAAAAUACAAGAAUUUUCAUGAAAGUAAUAUUUAGGAAAUAAUGAGAAAAGUAUUAAUAUAUUUAUAAAUAGAUCAUAUCAGCUAUAGCUUAUAUACAUGAUUAAGGAAUAGUACAUAGAGAUAUUAAAGCUGAAAACAUUAUGAUAACCAAUAAAAAUGAAGAUGCUGAGCCUAAAUUAAUUGAUUUUGGAUUAGCCAAUAAAUUUGAUAGUACAAAGUUACGACGAUUGAAAUCAUUUGUUGGAACACCAAUGUAUAUGGCACCAGAAGUUAUUCAAGGUAAAUAUGAUGAAAAAUGUGAUAUUUGGUCUUUGGGAGUUUUACUUUUUACAUUGCUUUCAGGUCAUAUGCCAUUUCAUGGAGAAACAAAAGAAGAAUUGUAUGAUAAUAUUCAAAGAUCAAAUGUAUAUAUAUUAAAAAUAUAUUAGAUUGCAUUUAAUUCAAAUUCAUGGAAGUUUGUGAGUAGUGAAGCAAAAGACAUAAUAAGAAAAAUGCUUUAAAAAAGUCCUUAAUUAAGACCCUCUGCUAAGACAUUAUUAAAACAUGAUUGGUUUAAGAAAAAGUUAUAAACUAAUGAAAAAAUAACUUAAUAAGAUUAGGUUCAAUAAUUUAAAAAUUAGCUUUCAUCUUCACCUUCUAUUUAAGAUAAUAGAUCUAUUUAUGAAAUGUUAUAAUAAAAUUCUUCAAAGGGAGGAAGUAAAUUUAGAAAAGAAGUGAUGACUUUACUUGUUAAAUAGUUAAAUGAAUAAGAAUUACACAAUCUAAUAGAAAAAUUUAAAUAAAUUGAUACAGAUAAUUCAGGAACAAUCACUAUUUUCGAAUUACAUAAAGCCUUAAUAGCAGAAGUAAAAAUUGUAUAUAAUAUUAAAAGGGUUCAUCUGUAAGCCAAGAAGAAAUAGAGAAGCUUAUACAAAAUAUUACUCCUAAACAUAAUUAAAUUUAAGAGGCAAAAAAAAAAUCAAGACCUUCAUUAGAAUUAAAAUAUAGUGAAUUUUUAGCGUCUUGUAUUGAUGAAAGGAAGUUCCUCACAAGAGAAAAAGUAAGAUUAUUUAAUCAUUUUAGUUAUGGUCUUUAUUUAAGUUUUUUGAUACAGAUAAUUCUAAUUUUAUUACAAAAGAUGAUAUUAAAGAAGCUUUUGCAAGAAAUUCUAAGGCUUUCACAGAUGAGUAAAUUGAUGAAAUGAUUGCUGAAAUUGAUCCAAAUCAUGAUAAUAAAAUAAGUUUUGAAGAAUUUUGUUAAAUGUUUGAUAAUGCAGGAAUUUAUUAAAACUUAGCUGAUGAUGAUGAAAUAAUGGAAUGA